CAGCGUACACGAAUAUUAUUUUGACGUUUGAUUCAAGCAGACAAAUCUUUCUUGUAAAUAUGACUUUUCAACCCUGUAGCCCGCCUGGAAUAGAACUUUUCCGCACUGACAAAUACUACAUAUUCAUUCGUGAUAACUACAGUUUGUGGUGGGAUCGAAGAAGUGGGCAAUUCGACGCCAAAACAGCUUUGGAUCUUGUCCACGCUGAAGACCCAUCUUGUUUGGGCAUAUUAUACGGAAUUGUGGGAAAAAUAUCAGCUCAGUCAUCAGAGGACCGUCUUCUUCUUGUUCGAGAGUGUGCUUUAGUUGGAAAUCUUCCUGGAGGACACGCUGUGUUUAAAAUCAAAGGAGUUUCAUUUUUGUCCCUUACGGAAGAACCAUCAGAUCUUAAUUUAGAUCCAUGCAGAAAACAUCGGGAGCAACGAGAUCCAAAGAAGGGUCCAUUUGGUGGUGCUAGUCUCUUUGACCAGAAAGCUGUUCUUGGUAAAACAUGGGGCUCAAUCAAAUCUGCUGGGAAUACAAUCAAAAACACCACUCAACAAGCUGCUGCUCUUGCAACUCUACAGGUGAAACAAGGGCCAAGACAAGAUUCAAAACAAAGAGAGAAAUUUGAAAGACGGAUUACUGAAGAGCUUGUGCGUAUAUUCACUGAAACUGACUCAUUUUACUUCUCAUUUACUGGAGAUAUAACCAACAGUCUGCAGCGUCAAAGCAGCAGCUCAUCAAAUAUCAAGCAAUCUGCAAGUGACCAUGGAAGUAUUAAUUUAAACACGAUCGAUGACCGUUUUUUCUGGAACAAACAUAUGCUUCAAGACAUUCUAAAUCUGAAUGUGAGUUUUCUGGUGUAAAG